UCUCUCUCACUCUAAACUCUAAAGCUCCAGCAGGAGAAACUCCAGUAAACAUACAGUGUUCCUUUCCUUUCUCUCUCUACAGAAAAACCCUCCGAGUUGUCCUCUCUCUCCUCAUUCAUUCAAGGUACAAACCCACGUAGAGAGGAAGCUUGUAUGCAUGCAUGUAUAGGUGGAAUGGAGAUUUCAUCUUUGUGGAUUUUCAUUUCUUUUUAGGCAGGGUUGGUUAUUGAGCGUAAGCGAGCAUGUCGUCUUUGGAAAAAGAUCUGUUGUUUUCGAUACAUCAGUUUCUUCAUGAAAAGAAUUUCAAAAGAACUGUUCACACAUUGGAACAAGAGUCAGGAAUCUUCUUCAGUAUGCCCUAUUUCCAGGACAGGGUAACCAAUGGGGAUUGGGAUGAGGUGGAAAAUUACUUAUCUGGGUUCACAAAGCUUAAGGAUAACACAAAUUCCACGAAUAUCUUCACAGUGAUCCAACAUCAUAAGAACUUAGAAGCCCAGGACAGGGAGGAUGAGAAAGUAUCCAGAGAGCUAAUUAACGCUAGGGGCUAUAUGUUUGCCUAUGUUAAGAAGCUUAUAGAAGCAAACCCUGUGUUUCGUGAUAAGCUGAAGCUCCCCAUCUUCAAUCCCUCAACAUUGAGACUAAGUUUGAACUUGCAGAAUCAUUUGGCUGCUGUUCCAACUUCACAGUCCACUAGUGCCAUAACUAGUCUGCUUCAGGGUGCUGUUCCUAAGCCUGCGGAAUUCCCAACUCCAUUUCGAGCUCAAGGUCCUCUGCCAACUUCUCCCUUGGGAUGUGUGACUAAUGCACCAUCGGCUCCCCAACCUUCAGCUAGUUAUCCAUCUUCAGUUCCUCACCCUUCAGCUUCUGCAUGUCCAAUUGGUUUCAACACCCAAAACAAUUCUGCAGAUGUUUUGAAGCAUCCUACAACUCCUAAAAAUAAACCAGCUGUAGACAUCCAAAACGAUCACUCUGAACUACUCUUGAAGGGAACAAAACGAUUGGAAAUGUCUAAUGAAUUUAUGCUUUCAACUCCUGCGAUAAGUACAAUUGAUGAUGUUAAUGCUUCUUCUGGAUCAAAUAUUGAGGAUAGAGUUUCUCCAGUAGCACCCACAGUUUCAAUGAAUGAAAAUAGGCAAAAUUUGAAAGAUGGGAAGCCUACAAUUGCAGGUGAGUCCUCUGUGAAAUCUAGAUCGCGGGAACUGAUAGAUGCAAAUGAGCCAUCAAAAUGUCGUAUACUGAGACUUCCAGAUAGUUUGGUGGCGAUGAGGGUUUCAAGAUUGAUGUAUACCAAUUCAGGAUCUGCCAUACUGGCUCUAUAUGUUAAUGCUGUACAUAAACUCUGGAAAUGGCCAGAGAAUGACAGUAAUUCAAUGGGGAAGGCAAGAGCAAGGUUAGUGCCUCAAUUAUGGCAACCUCGUAGUGGGACAAUGAUGACCAAUGAGACUAGUGGCAUGAAUCCGGAAUAUGCUUUUCAUUGCUUUGCUCUGUCCAAUAAUGAUCAGUAUCUUAUGUCGGUGUCAGGAGGGGAAAUUUCCUUUUUUAAUAUGGGGACGUUCAAAACAAUAAAAACAAUCAUGUCUCCUCCACCUGCAGCAACAUUUUUGGCACUUCACCCCCGAGACAAUAACAUCAUAGCAAUUGGCAGCGAUGAUUCAUCUAUUCAAAUAUAUGAUGCCACAUUUAAUGAGGUCAAAACCAAGCUCAAAGCUCAUCAGGAAAGGAUAACUGGCCUUGCCUUCUCUAAUAUUCUUAAUGUGCUUGUAUCUUCAGGAGCUGAUUCUCAGCUGUGUGUUUGGAGCACUGAUACAUGGGAGAAGCAAACAAAUGAAUACUUGCAAAGCCCAGCUGGUCGCUCUGGUGCUUCUCUUGCAGAUACCCGUGUUCAAUUUCACCAUGAUCAAACAUGUUUACUAGCAGUCCAAGAGACACAGAUAGUAAUCUAUGAAGUACCUGCUUUGAAACGGCAUAUGAAGUGGGUGCUACCACUACAAGCAAGUGGCUCAAUCACAUAUGCUACAUAUUCUUGCGAUAGCAAAUCCAUAUAUGUCAGCUUUGAAUGUGGAAGAAUAAGUGUUCUUUCUGCGUCAUCACUUGAUUUGAGAUGUCGAAUUAAUCCCUCUUUAUACCUACCUACCAAUCCAAGCUUACGGGCCUAUCCCUUAGUUGUUGCAGCGCACCCUUCCAAGCCUAAUCAAUUUGCAGUCGGACUUACUGAUUGUGGUGUUUAUCUACUAGAGCCACUAGAAUCAGAAGGCAAGUGGUAUCCCUAACCUCGAAGGUGAUAGGUUUAUACUCAGCAGCCUCUCCAUGAUAUCACGACAUAUUCUUGUGCUUUUGCACUGUUACCAUUCUUUUUCUUCCAGAGGAAAGGCUCCAAAAGCUGUCGAUAUAGCUGUAGGUCAGUUUCUUAGGAGUUAGUUUAGAGGUUGGGGUCAAGUUGGUAGUUAUUGUUACAGUAAAAUGAUGAUCGAUGAAGGUCAUUCAAAGUCCUUCAAGGAGUCAGCAAGGUAGAUUGGGCAUAGCUUCUGCCUCAAAUUUCUUCUCCUCCUUCUAACUUUUUUCCUUCCAUGAAACUUCAUGUAUGUAAUUAGUUUGUACCCUUAAAAGUUACUGAUAUUUUCAAUAUUACCAUCUCUUUCAUUUGGA